CAUUUAUCAAACGUUAUGUUUGCAGUAUAUCAAGUUAUGAGGUAAUUUAGUAUAUUUAAUAUAAUUAUUUAAAGUUACAAUGAAUUUAUUUUUAUAAUAUACAUAAAUAUGGAACAAAAAUUUAACAAUUUUAAUAAUAAUCCUUAUGAUGAUAAUUCAUAUGAGGCAGCUAUAAAAAAAUUAUGUGGUUUACAAAGUAAUAGUACAUAUUUAAAAUUAGCAACAAAAAAUAAUUCACAAACAAGUGAUACUUAUAAAUUACUUGAUACAAUAAAAUAUUUAGUUCGGUCUGGUAUUACACUUGAAAAGUUAGACACUUUAUCAGUAAUACAUGUAGCAGGUACAAAAGGGAAAGGUUCUACUUGUGCAUAUACAGAAGCUAUUUUACGUGAACAUGGUUUCAAAACAGGAUUCUUUAGUUCUCCACAUUUAAUUAGUGUAAGAGAACGCAUAAGAUUAAAUGGACAACCAAUAAGUGAAAUGCAUUUUACUCAAAACUUUUGGAAAAUAUAUAAAAAAUUAGAAGAUACAAGAGAAUAUGAAUCUGAUAUGCCUGCAUAUUUUAAUUUUUUAACAGUUCUUAUGUUCAAUAUAUUUUUAGAUGAACAUGUUGAUGUUGCUAUAAUUGAAGUAGGUAUUGGAGGUUUAUAUGAUUGUACAAAUAUUGUAAGAAAUCCUGUCUGUGUAGGUAUAACUAGUUUAGGAUUAGAUCAUACUUCUCUUUUAGGUAAUUCUCUUGAAGACAUAGCUUAUCAAAAAUCUGGAAUUUUUAAAUCAGGAACUAUUGCAUUUUCUGUUCCACAAUUACCUCAAGCAAUGUAUAUAUUAGAAAAAAGAGCAAUUGAAAAAAACUGUAAGUUACAUAUUGUACCAACCUUUGAUGAAUAUAAAUGGGAAAAUAUUUCACCUACUUUGCAAAUAAUAAAUAAAGUUCAACAACAAAAUGCAUCUCUAGCUAUUCAGAUGGCUAUUGAAUGGAUACAAUCUAAAACUGAUAAAAUUUCAAAUGUUUUACAUAAUUCUAUAAAUAAUAAUAUUUGUUGUAAAUAUAAAGAAAGUUCUCAAAUAAUUGUAUCUAUGGAUAAGAUAGCAAUAGCUUUAUCUUUUUGCAAAUGGCCAGGUCGUAUGCAAAUUUUAAAAAGUAGUAUUGGUGACUUUUUUUUAGAUGGUGCUCAUACAAUCGAAAGUAUUAAAUGUUGUAUUUCUUGGUUCAAUGAUAUAAGUAAUAAAAAUAGAGGAAAAAGAUUUCUUAUUUUUAACACAUCUGGUAAUCGAGAUCCAAUUAGAUUAUUAAUAUUAUUAAAAUCUUUAUAUUUUCAUAAAGUAUAUUUUGUACCAAAUUUUGCUGGAAUUAAAAGUUUAGAUGAUGAAGUAAAUUGUUCUUUAAUAGAUGAACAAAAAAAAAAAUGUGAAAUGAAUUCUAAAAUAUGGGGAAGAAAUUCAGUGAUUGUAAAUAGUGUUUUUGAAGUUUUACAAGAUAUAAAAAAUAAUUCAGAACAAAAUCAGAUAUUUGAAAAAAACCAGAUAUUAGUGACAGGAUCCUUACAUUUAAUAGGUACAGUUCUUACUAUUUUAGAUCCAAAUUUGACAAUGAAUACACAAUUUUAAUAUUUUUAAAAUUGAAAUUAUAUAUAUAUAUAUAUAUAUAUAUAUAUAUAUAUAUAUAUAUAUA